CAUCUUUCAGGAAAUGAAUGUGAGGAAAUAAGAAAAGCAGGAGUACUGGAAGGCGAACCAGAGAGUUGCUGAAGAAGGGUUUGGUUUGAAUGAAUAUACGGAUACUACUGCAAGUACGAGAAGAUGCUUAUUAAGGAAUACCGAGUUGUUCUUCCCAUUUCUGUUGAAGAGUACCAGGUGGCCCAGCUCUACUCAGUGGCUGAGGCCAGUAAGAAUGAGACAGGAGGAGGAGAAGGAGUGGAGGUACUGAAGAAUGAGCCCUAUGAGAAGGAGGAUGGAGAGAAGGGGCAGUACACGCAUAAGAUCUACCAUUUGCAGAGCAAAGUACCAGGUUAUGUGCGGGUUCUGGCACCAUCAUCAGCUCUGAAAGUCCACGAGAAAGCCUGGAAUGCUUACCCAUACUGUCGUACAAUUCUCACAAAUGAGUACAUGAAGGAUGACUUUAUGAUCAUGAUUGAGACAUGGCACAAGCCUGACAUGGGUGACCAAGACAAUAUACAUAAGCUUGAUGCAGAAAAAUGGAAGAAGACUGAGGUCGUGUACAUUGACAUUGCUGACAGGAGUCAGGUAGAAUCCAAGGACUAUAAAUCUGAUGAGGAUCCAGCCAUAUUCCAAUCAUCAAAGACUGGAAGAGGACCUUUAGGACCUGAGUGGAGAAAAGAGCUUCCUCAGAAGACUGACUGUCCUCACAUGUGUGCCUAUAAACUUGUCACUGUGAAGUUUAAGUGGCGUGGCUUUCAAAACAGAGUGGAAGGCUUCAUCCACAAGCAAGAGAAGCGCUUGUUUACCAACUUCCACAGGCAGCUCUUUUGCUGGAUGGACAAGUGGGUUGACUUGACAAUGGAUGACAUUCGACGGAUGGAAGAGGAUACACAAAGGGAACUUGAUAAGAUGCGAGAAAAGGACCCAGUAAAAGGGAUGUCUGCCUCAGAUGAGUAAAGGCCCUACAGCUGGGACUCAGUAUUGCCCAAUGAGCAGCAGUAUUGUUCAUGUCCCAGGCACUGCUCGAGAGGAUGUCUUUCCUCUUGAUCCACUCCAUUUAUGGUGCCUCCCUCAAGUCCUUCCCCCUCAAUCACGGAACUCGUCCACACCAUAAAACCCUCCUAACAGCUGAUUUCUACACUAAGCAAUGAUGUAUAAUUAUUAUGCUGACAUUCAUGUUUAUUUUUAAGGUUUUUUUUUUUUUUUUAAAUGUAUUUCAUCACCACAGGCCUCUUAUCCCCCCACACCCACCCACAUUUUUGAGCUGGUUCACAUGGGUAUUCCCCCCCCCCCCCGUGCCUUUUUUUUUUUUUAAAUAAAUUCCCCUUAAAGUUUAUAUUCGCACUGACACCACUACUGUAACAUUGUUCUUCCACUCGUUAUCUUUAAUUUGAUUAGCUCUGUUCACUUCUUUCAGCUAUUUGUUCCACUGUUUUCUUAAGCUGCCUUGUGUGGGUGUGUGUGUGUGUGUGGGGUUUCAAGCUAGCACUUGCUCCUGACGACGUGACCUGCCACUUUUUACACAUCUGAAAAAGUUUGUUGUAAGCAGUAUGGUGUAAUUGUUUACAUGAGGUAACCUCAGCCUGAUUGAAUAUACAUCAUGGGUUUAAGGGAAUGCGGUUAUUUAGCACUGAUGUCACUUUGUCUUCAUUGUAAGGUUCACAUCAGUGCUGCACUCAUAUUUUGAAUUUGGGCUGAAAGUUUGGAGUUGUCUACUCUGCCUCGAUUUUUAAACGGAGGCUUGUAAGCUAGUUUUAUUUAUUCACUGGGUAUUUUUACAGUUUGUCAGAUUUUCUGGGAUUAUCAAACACUGUAUUAGGAUUGACACUUUUCUACUGUUCUGGCAGUUCUAUCAUUUGAAAUGAAUCAAUAAAAUGACAGACUUA